AUGACAAAGAUCAAAGUGCCUGAGCCUAAGGCACAUGUUGGCGAGCGAAGUGCCAAAGAGUUGACUAAUUUCGUGUGGGACAUGAAGCAAUACUUUAAGGCUACCAAGGUUUCGAAUGUUGAUAGGGUGUUCAUUACGAGCGUGUACUUGGCAGAGCCUUCCAUAUGUGUCCAACAUGUCGGAGGAAGACAAGCUAUUGAACUUCCUCAUGAAUUUGCAGUCUUGGGCGCAAUCGAAGUUGAGGAGACAAGAUGUUGGAGACCUUAA